GUCAGCGGUAAAGACCUCCUCAUUCUCAGAUCACUUUCUCUUCCUGUUUCCAACUUUGUUGCACAUGACACUUUAUCUUGAACGAUGUUCGUGUUUCACCUGUGAAAAUGCCCGGAUUAUGCCCACAACAGACGUGUAACAGCAGUACAUGAGGUUUCCAUGGUGCUUUGACAUUGAAAAUGAGAUUCCGGUUGUUGAAGAAGAACUUUAUUGUGUUCCUCGUAAUUUUAGUUGUGUUUAUAAUGUUCUUUUAUUCCAUAAGACGGACUAAAGAUGAAGCAAACGUGGAUGUGACUGAGAAAGACAGCACAGAGACUGCUGUAAUGGGUAAAUUUGAGUUUGGCACCGUCCAGAAUAUGAUAAAGUCCAUCUAUGACAGCAACUACAGGCAGUUCAUUCAGAACGGAGACAAAUUUCCAUUGGAGCCGGAGGCGGUGGUCGUCGUGCAAGUCCACAAUCGACCGGCGUACCUCAAAAUGCUCAUACAGUCCCUGGAAAAAGUCGAUGGAGUACAAAACAGUCUCUUGAUAUUCAGCCAUGACUACUUCUCAGAGGAAAUUUCCAAUAUGGUCAAGGGAAUCACCUUCUGUAGGGUCCUCCAGAUCUACUUCCCCUACAGCAUCCAGCUGUAUCCAAAUGAAUUCCCAGGACAAGAUCCGAAUGAUUGUCCGAGAGACAUUUCAAAGGAGGACGCCAUCAAAAAGGGAUGUUUGAACGCAGAACACCCGGAUUCGUACGGACACUACAGGGAAGCGUCCAUCACUCAAACCAAACACCAUUGGUGGUGGAAGCUGCAUUUUGUGUUCGAGCGAGUGCAGGUUCUUCGCGGAUACAACGGAUACAUCGUGUUCAUCGAGGAAGACAACUACCUUCUCCCUGAUUUCCACAAAUACUUAAAAUCCAUGAUCGAGCUAAAGAAAACCAGCUGUGCGGACUGCGACGUCCUCGCACUGGGCAACCACAACGGUUUAUCAGGAUUUCACGAGCUUUCCAGCAAAACAGAGACGGCAGGAUGGCUGUCCACCAAGCAUAACAUAGGAAUGGGAAUCUCCAGAGAGCUCUACUACAAACUGAUGGGAUGCAACAACGCGUUCUGCACCUAUGAUGAUUAUAACUGGGACUGGACCCUCCAGAACUUGUCCGGUACGUGCGUCUCGAAACCCCUCAAGGUUCUGGUGGCUCGUGGAAGCCGGGUUCUUCACACGGGCGACUGCGGCCUGCAUCAGAAGGAGGAUUGCCGGCCGGAGAUGGCUCAGGAAAAGGUGGAUGCGUCACUUAAAGAGGCACAGUCUGCGCUUUUCCCUCCCAUACUGACAGUGACGGACCACGGGCCGGUGGAGCAUCAACCUCACAUGAAAAACGGAGGCUGGGGGGACGUUCGCGAUCACACGCUGUGCAUCAACUACGCAGCUCGACUCUGAGCGGGACGUUUAAAUGGGUGCCAUUCAGAACAUCAGGGUUACAUGUUGCAGGUUAAAGAUUUUGCUUUCACCAAAAAUAGGAAAAAUGUGAGUUAUAUCAUGGUGUGUAUAUAUUUGCAAAUGGAAAAAUGUCACUCUAAAAAAUGCUGGGUUGAAGUUGGGUUGAAAAUGGACAAACCCAGCGGUUGGGUUAAAUGUUUGCCCAAAGUGCUGGUCAGUUUUUAACUCAACUAUUGUUUAAAAAUUACUAUAUGUCUGGCUUAAAAUGAACCCAAAAUAGGUUAGAAAUUAAAAAUCAGACACAUAAUUACUAGAUGCAAACGUAAUAAUCAGAAGGUGAACAUUUAUUAAUAAGCAGUUUAAUGUUUAUUGUUAAAUUAUUAUUCAUUAAACUUAUUAAUAAUAAAUCAGUUAUUAAACAUAUUAAUAAAUGUUAGUUUCCAACAUAUUUUGGGUUGAUUUUAAGCAAGAAAUACAGUCAUUUUUAAACAAUAGUUGAGUGAAAUAAACCUACCCAGCAGGUUGGUCAAACAUUUAACCCAAUUGCUGGGUUUGUCCAUUUUUCAACCCAACUUGGGUUAUUUUUAACCCAGAAUUUUUAGAGUGAUGGAUGCAUCUCAUGAAAAAAAAAAAAAAAAAAAAAAAAAAAAAACAGGUCGACUUUUCACCCCAAAUCAAUUGCUUCUGAAUGUUUUACUCAUGUUAUUUUUUUUUUUUUUGUAAUUCCCAUACUGUAAGAAAUUCACUCUAAAAAAUGCUGGGUUGUUUCAAAUAUGGACAAACCCAAACCCAAACCCAACCAAUUAAAAAUUUAAUUUAAAAAAAUAUAACCCAAUGGUUGGGUUUGUCCAUUUUGACCCAAAUUUGGGUUGAAACAACCCAGCAUUUUUUAGAGUAUAGGAUUAACAAUUUUCACUCAGAAAUUGCUAGUAAAUUUCACAAAUAAUUACAAAGAAACAUCGAAUUAAAUAUGGAAUGUUUAAGUAAAAAGUUUUUAAAUUUACCCGUGCAUCAGCUUUUUAAAAAUUUAAAUUAGCGUACAUUAAAGGCAGUACAACAAAUACUACCAUGAUGUAUGGAUACUUUACACUUUAAAUAAUCUCUCAUUGAUGUUUUGCAUAAUGAUAAUACGAUUUCGCGCGUUCACAUGACAAAACUCACUGAAUGAUGUUCAUGUUUCCCCUGUGAAAAUGCCCGGAUUAUGCCUACAAAUGUAAAUUAGGGUACAUUAAAGGCAGUACAACAAAUACUACAAUUAUGUAUGGAUACUUUACACUUUAAAUAAUCUCUUUGCAUUAUGAUAAUACGAAUUUGGAGGGGAAAUGUGCUUAACUGUGUUGUAAAUAAUGUCACAACACUAUAUAAAUGAUCCUGCAAAAACUGGCUUCAUGUUGUUGCAUAUUGCAUGAUAAUAUCAAACAUCUCUCUUUUUGAUUCAUUUGAUUUUGCGGUGAAAAGUGAGCUGGAUAUGCCGACAGGUUUUCUGCGUCUCACAACUUUAAAUUUCAUAAUUUUCCUGACACUUAUAAAUUAUCAUGGGGUUUAAUGCAUGCAUAUUGUGCAUUUACGAUUCCUUUUCAUCACAAAUCAUAAACCUUCCAGUGAACAUCUGUGUUUAUUGUUCUGUUGUUAAGUUUUAUUGUGACAUUCCUUUUGUCUUCCGUUACUGGUGUUUCCUAAAAGUAGAUCUGUUUCUUCUUUGGUUGCUUUAUUUUAUUUUUUUAACAUUGGGGCAUAUUUUGGUGGUGUAUUUAGGUGUGUGACUUUUAUGAAUCAGUGAUGAAUUGUAAUGUGCCUUAAAAACAUGCUUUAAUUUUGCAUAUGACAGUUUGCAUAAUUUGCAUUUGUGGUAUUCCCCGUCCUCUCUCUAAUCUGGGUUAGCUUUUCUUCACAAUCAUUUGAUAAUUUCUUCUUUUUUUUGACGUAAAGCUACUUUUAUUGCCUUACAGUGUGUUUAAUAUCUUAGAAGACAGGAAUGAUCAUGCAGAAAUGCUUUUUAUUUUUUCAUUUUUUUUAAAGUUUAAGGCCUGGUUUCACAGAGGCUUAGAUUAGGCCUUAGUUCAAUUAGGACAUUUAAGUUGCUUUUAUUAAAGUGCCUUAGAAACAAACAUUACUGAUGUGCAUCUUAAGACAAAACAAUGGCUCUGACAUAUUUUAAGAUAUGUUAGUGCAAGUUGCUUUCAGUUAAAACAGCUCAAACAUGCAUUUUAGUCUGUGAAACCAGCCAUAAAUCUGCAAUUUUUAUCUAAGACUGAGUAAUGCAGUUAUACAGGUUUGGCUCCAGAUAUUUAUCUGUUUAUCUUUUCCCAACGAAGAUGCUCAACAUUUAAAGUGAUAGUUCACCCAAAAAUGAAAAUUCUGUCAUCAUUUACUCACCCUCAAGUUAUUCAAAACAUGUACGAGUUUCUUUGUUCUGCUGAACACAAUGGCAGAUAUUUUGGAAAAUGUUUGUAGCCAAACAGUAGUGGAGCACCAUUGACCUCCAUAGUAUGGACAAAAAUACUAGUUUGGAACAACUUGAGGAUGAGUAAAUGAUGACAGAAUUCUCAUUGUUUCGGGUGAACUGUCCCUUUAAGUGGAACUUGGGGUCACGGCAACUCAAACUUUCCUGGGACUGUAAAAUUGUGAAAUGUUGACAUGUAGCCAAAGAUAUUCACCUUUGUCCAUGAUUUGGAGAGUUUCCGAGGUACAAAGGUGUUUUGUUUUGUUAUUUUCAGCUGACCUUCUCUGCAUGUUUCCUCUCUGUUUCCUUUCUGCGAUUUCCGUUAUAUGUUCAGGGAUGGAAAAGCUGACAUGCUCAAAAGAGUUGCCAAAGUCUUUGAGUGGAAGUUGAUCUUUUAUUGUGUAAUUGAGCGUAUACUGUCUGUAUAUGUGUAAGUGUGUAUGAGAGAGACUGCUUGCUCUGGUGAUUGUUUUUCUUUAGUACGGGUAAGAGAAUGAGGUAGAUAUGUAUGCAAAUGUUAUGCUAUCCUUUUAUCUCUUAAAGCCAUAUUCAUUUUUGACCUUUUAGCUUUGAGCCAAAGAUGCAUCGAUCAUGAGUAGUCGGCAUGUUCUCAUGGACAGGAGUUUAAAUCUGUGUAAUUUUGUUUUCUCUGAUUUAAUAAAUUUUAUGAAUAAGGGUUA